CAGCCGGGUUGUCCGAUGUGCAAAUUUGUUGCACACGUUGUAAAAUUGUUUGCAAUUUUUAGAUUCGAUAAUUCAUUUGGCAAAUAUGUAUGAAUUGUUGUUUACUUUUUUAUUUUUAAAUUUUCUUAAAUAAAAUUUCAAGUUAAACCAUUGUGUUUAGUUUAUCAAAUGAAAUGUGCUAACAAAUUAACGAACAUUCACCACAUAAACUCACAAACACACCAUACAAAAGCCACCACAUCGAUAUCGGUGACAGUCACCGAAGAAGUUGACGUUUGCUUGGCUCUCAAUCAACAACAUCAAAACGUUUAUCCAUAUAUUCAUUUUCCACUUGGUAAAUGCGGAGAAACGACGUGUGUGUGCAGUGUCUUGAUUUUUUUUUCGUUGCUCAAGAAUAAACCAAACUCGGGAAAUGGGAAAGAAAAGCAAAAAGUCACAUAAAAAAUCAAGUAGAAGGUCUUCAUCGGCUAGUUCAUCAUCAUCAUCCGAUGUGAAAAGCCGCAGAAUGGAUGACUACAAAAAGUCAUCGUCAUCAAAAUCGCAUGCAGUUGAACGGAGUCAACAUCGUUCUCGUUCCAGAUCGCCGCAUCGUUCACGGGAUCAAUCCAAAAACCGUUCAAGAGAUCGAACCAGAGACGAUUCCCGCGGUCGUUUGGAAAAACAUUCACGCGACCGAUCGAGAGGUCGUUCCAGGGAUAAAUCCAAGAAGAAAGACAAAAAGGAGAAAAAAUCGCAUAAGAAAAAAUCCAAACGAUCAUCAUCAACCGAUAGCAAUAGUUCGGCCUCAAGUUCAAGUUCGUUAAAAUUGUUGCAAAAAUUGGAAACAAAGCGAAUACAAGAGGUAUUGGAGCGGAAAAAGCAAAAAGAGCUAAUGAAACAAAUGGAAACGCCGGAGGAGAAGCGAGCCCGUCGUUUGAAAGAGAAACAGGCGAAGGAGCUCAAACGAAGGGAACGAAUGGGUUGGGAUACCGAGUAUCAGCACUACACAAACGAAGACAAUCCAUUCGGUGAUGCGAAUUUGACGUCAACAUUCAUGUGGAAGAAGAAAUUGGAGCAAAAAGGCCUGGACAAUUUGCGCGAAGAAGAAGUCGAAAUAAUCAAUCGUCAAAAACAACUGGAAAACAAGGCCGAAUUGGAAAAAGUGAAGAAAAGGCGUCAAGAACGUGAAUUGGAGCAGCAGAGACGGGAAGAAGAGAUGGCUGAAAUGCAGCGUUCACGUGAAGCCGCACAGUUCGAAGAAUGGGAGCGACAAGAGGACCAAUUCCAUUUGGAACAGGCUCGUUUGCGUAGUAAAAUUCGAAUUCAAGACGGUCGAGCCAAGCCAAUCGAUUUACUCGCUCAAUAUGUGUUGUCGACACAAAAUUUGGAGGAAACAAUUGAAAUGCAAAUGCACGAACCGUACACCUAUUUGAAUGGCUUAAGCAUUGAAGAUUUGGAGGAUUUACUGGAAGAUAUUCGAAUUUACAUGGAAAUGGAUAAAAGUGGUGAGAACGCCGGCUAUUGGGAAGAUUUAAUCAUCAUUGCCAGCGAUGAGCUGCAAAAAUUGCAAAAAAUGGAGCUGGGAAAUGAAUAUAAUGCCACAUUGGGUAAUCGUGAAGGGAUCAAUCAAAGUGUUGCUCGCGAUGUGACGUCGUUGUUUCAGGGCAAAACUGCGAAUCAACUGGAUGAGCUGAAGAUCAAAAUCGAAUCAAAAAUCAAUAGCAAGAGUGACGGUGUGGAUAUUGGAUACUGGGAAAGCCUAUUAUCACAGUUGAAAGCACACAUGGCCAGGGCUCGAUUACGUGAUAGACAUCAAGAGAGUCUGAGAAGUAAGUUGGCAUUAUUGAAACGUGAACAAGUCGAAAUAGAUGAGCAAAUGCAAGAUGAAUCCGGCAAUGGUGAGCCGUCUACAUCAGCAAUUAAGCGAGAGACUAGCGAUAAUGACCACGAUGAAAAUAGCCAAGAUAUGGACGAUGACGAUAGAGAAGCCAUGGAUUUGCUAUCCGAUUGCUUUGCACUCUACAAUAAAGGCAAUUACUCACCCGAAUAUUUACGUGAAGAAGAUAUUGAUUCCCAUAUUCGAGUCAUUGACGAUGAUCAGCUUGAAGGGAAUAUUGAAAAGGUACGGAAUCGUGUGUUAAACCGUGGUGAUGAUGAUGAAGAAGACUUUGCCACCAAAGAGGAGAUUCGAUUGGCCAAACAUUGCAGAGAUGCACUGGGAACGAGCAAUGAAGAAGCCGAAUUCUCCGUUGAAACCAAACUCGACAACGAAGUGUACUUAUGGAGCGACAAAUAUCGACCGCGCAAACCAAGAUACUUCAAUCGUGUGCACACUGGUUUCGAAUGGAAUAAAUACAAUCAAACUCACUACGAUAUGGAUAAUCCACCACCGAAAAUCGUACAAGGCUACAAAUUCAACAUUUUCUAUCCGGAUUUGAUUGACAAAAGUUCAACGCCACAAUAUUUCUUGACACCAUGUCCUGACAACAAAGACUUUGCCGUAUUGCGAUUCCAUUCCGGGCCACCGUACGAAGAUCUGGCAUUCAAAAUUGUAAAUCGUGAAUGGGAGUUCAGUUAUAAACGCGGUUUUCGAUGUCAAUUCCACAACAAUAUAUUUCAAUUGUGGUUCCACUUCAAACGUUAUCGAUACCGGCGCUAAACACAGUACCUCAUCCAAAAUUCAUACGCAGAUGUGUUUAUUUUUAUCAAUCGUCCGAGUUACUAGGAUUAGUUAUUUGUUGGAAAUGAACGUAGAACAAAAGCCAAUUCUAUAAAUACUAAUAAAAUUAUUUUAAGACCUGAACCAAAA